UCUUAGUCCCUGGGGAAAGUCCCUGCAGUGGAAAUGCAGCUAAAGUCUUUUUGAAGGUUGAAUCAAGGCUGUUUUUACUGCAAGGCUCAGUAUAACUUCAACAGUCUGUCUUCCCUGCUUGUUUCAGUAGGAGCUUCAUGUAAAAAGCCACACCCACUGGCCUUUAAGGUCCUCAGUAAGAUCAGACAACCUCUUACUUUAAUCACCUGGACUGACCUCAGGGAGGACGGAUAUGUGCUAAACUGCAGCUUUUUCUAGCUGCUGCUGCUGUUGCUUGUAUAGAGGAGGCUUAGCUGAGUCAUCACACUUCUUCCUGACAUGAAAAAACAAGUGACAUUUGCAGAAAAUCAGAUGGUACACAGGUAUAGCGGGAUGAAUGAGUCAAAAAUGGUAACAGCCGCUGUAAACUUCAAAAAUGGUCUGAAAAUCUACAGACAACCAGCUGCAAGAUGUGAACCACAACUCCAACACACAACGACCAUACCAAUCCCCAAAACCAUGACCACAGCCCCAUUCUUGACGCACACGGCACUAACACCAGCUCAGAAGGAGUAUCUGUAUACUGUUGCAGCUUCCUACAGUACAACACACGUGCGUGACCUCAUCACCCAACACUACAUGAAUGUGCUGCACAGGUGUAUACGAGCAGGCAACAAUCCUGAGAGAGACAAUAACCUUGUUGCGACCUCAGCGGCAAAUGAUGCGAGUGCAAAACAUCAAUCAGAUGUUCCUUCCAGGGUGAAACACAAGGGGAAGUUAAACACUGGUGCAAGGAAUCCUGGGAAAUCCCUUCUCCCCAAAAUUCCAAGCAGACAAGCCAGGAGCCAGAAUCGAGCUGGAGGAAGAGGAGGAGGAGGAGGAGGAGGAGGAGGAGGAAGAAGAGAAUGGUCUGGAUGAUUAUAUGAGUGAAUGUAUGAGUUCACUCUCUAUGGGAUGAUGACACAUUUUCAGAUUCAUGUCAUGUUUAUCACAAUAACAUUUUGUAUUUGAAAAUAACCUGAAAACAAUAGUGAAUGGGGAUUUUUAUUGUAAAGAUUGUAACAGCUCAGUUUGCAGAUGACACAUGCCUGAUCAUUAGUGGAAAAACAUGUACUAGGUCAUGUUGUGUAUUGAUGCUCCCCAGUGGCAGAAAGAGGAAUCUCUCUGAAGAUUUAAUUUCCCAGAAGUCACAUGAUCAUUUUCCCAGCAGUCACGUGCUUGCUGGUUGGAUUUGAGAGGAGAAAUAAUGGGAUGACAUCUCAUUGACUAAAAUUGGAUGUGCUCGCAUGAUUGGCUCUCUGGAGUGGCCACAACCACAUACAUUUUUUUAUCAGCAACUUCAGGAUCAACUAAAAACAAACAGCAGCAGAUGAUAAAAAGUAGAGUUU